AUGGCGGAGCUGGAUAGGGAUAUAAUUAAUGGUGGAAUGAUUCUGAAGAUGAUGAUGGUAGUGGUGGCUGUUUCUUUGGCCAUUAACAUCGUCGGAGGAAGAUUAAUGGCAGCAGCAGAAGUUCAUCAUGUGGUGGGAGAUGAUCAGGGAUGGACUACUUCCUCAGAUCUCGCUUCUUGGCUUUCUGGCCGUGUCUUCCUUAUCGGGUUUGCUUAUUCAUCAGCAUCAGAGAGCGUAAUGGAGGUGAAAACACAGGAAGAGUUCAUGACAUGUGAUCUGACAAAUCCAAUCAAGAUGUACACCAAAGGAUUGGACAAGGUAUCCCUUGAUACUCAAGGUACUAGGUUCUUCACCAGUUCCAACUUGGAGAGCUGUAAGAAUGGGUUGAAGCUACCAGUCAACGUCCAGCCUCAAGCAGGUUUUGCCACCCAGAAUCAACAAAAACAAAACAUCCUACAUGACAGAAAUGACAUUGUGGCUGAUGGACCCACAAGUCCAUCUGGAGCAGCCCAUUUCACCAGUACUAGUCUUCCUUUGGCCGUGUUUGUUGGAUUCUUAGUUUUCUACAUGGGCUUCGAGUGA